GUUUAUUCGGAGAAAUAGUUUUGGCAAAGUCUCUCCAAACUUCAGGGCGGAGGUUCUUUCGCUCCUCAUUUCGUGCUGUGCUUUCUGCUGACGACGGAAAGAUGUGAAAAAACUCCGUGGCGAAGUCAUCGAGGAAAAUAAGAGACGCCGAGGCCCUAAAGAUACAAUACACUAUGCGCGUCACCAAAAGAAAGGACUGACUCACAACAGAACAAAAAUCAAAACAGAAUUUGCUCAGGAAGAGUCGAAAUGGAGAGAAACGCAACGAGGCCGUUCCGUAGAGUGCCUGAGAAACUGUGCCUGAAGUACAACAACAAAGACCUGUAAACGAGCACAAACCAAGAGAGAGAGAGAGAGUGAGACACCUCCCGUCUAGAUCAUCUUCUUCGAAGUGGAGAUCGUCACGCCAAAUGCAUGUAUGGUUCAAGGAGCUCGUCGACAUUCAGCAUGUGUAACAGCGAGGAUUCAGUGGCCACUGUCUCCAUGACAAAACCCGUCCGCAAAGGGUUCCUGACGAGAUAUAAAAAACGGAUUAUAGGAUCCAACUGGAGAGAAGAAUGGGUGGUGCUGCACGAGGACUCGACCCUCGAGUGGUACAAAGACCACGACGAGACAGACUUCCUCGGUGGCAUCAUGCUGAAGGAAGCGCCGGAAAUGAUCGCCGCCGGCCCCUUCGCUUGCUACGUGCCCGACCGACCGGAACUGCCCAAGAAAGCUGAUCCUAACAAUUUGAUGGUCUUCGGCACGAAAACCAAAGACCGGACAUUUUGGUUCCUAGCUAAGAAUAUGGACGACCUGAGUCAAUGGAUGACGGCCAUCAGCAAUACCCUUCCUGCGCCUCCUGACCCGCCGAAGCCACCCAAUGAGGGCGAACAGACGAAAGGGGAACCACCGCCUUACUCGCCGUCGGCUCCCCCUCAGCCACCGCCCCCCGCACCAGGAUAUCCAGGUGGAGGCGGAGGUAGAGGAGGCUACGCAGGAAGAGGCGGUUACAGAGGCGGCUAUGGAGGAGGCGGUGGUUAUGGAGGAGGAGGGUAUGGAGGGGGCUAUGGUGGUAGUCCCGGCUACGGCGGCGGGGGAACGAACACGGUCAUCGUAGACCGAGGAGGCAACGGGAUGGACUUCGCCAGUGGAAUGAUGAUGGGAGCGGCCUUGACCGGCUGGGGUCCUGGAUUCGGAAUCGGCUUCGGCGGAUGGGGCUGCGGCAUCGGCUUCGGAGUCCCCGCCUACGCUGGAUACGGCGGCUUCUCUGGCGGCGGAUUCCAUAAUCAGGACACGAACAUCAUCAACAACAUCAACAUCAACAACGACAACGACAAUAACGCCUCCGCCAACGUCCAGCCGAGCGCCGAUCAGCCGGACGCUGGAGACGCGAACUUGGCGCCUGAAGCCGUCGAUCCGGACAUAGAUCCAGAUCCGGAUGCCGAAAUGAACCCGGACGGAAUUGACCCCGGCCUGCUGGAGGAAGGUGGUUACGAAGAGAUGGGCGGUAUGGAAGAAAUGGGCGGUUAUGACAUGGGUGGCAUGGACGAAAUGGACGGGUAUGAUGGUAUGGAUGAAAUGGGCGGAGGCUUUGAUAUGGGUGGCAUGGAUAUGGGAGGUUUUGAUAUGGGCGGAUUCGACUUUUAGAAAAAGGCUGGCGGCGCUUUCUUAUAUCCGAAUGAAACACUUGAAAUCCAAAUGGCAGGGAACGUUCUUUGGAGGGUCCGAAGUGCCACUAGAAUUCUGCCAAAUAGGUUUAAGCAAGAUUUCUAUGCUAUUUUUCUUUUAUUUUAUUUUCUUUUCUUCUCUCCAGUGGUCCUUAAUCGUAAAUUAUUUAGUCCCAGAAAACCACUUAUGCGAUAAAUAUUCUGUCAUCCAAUAUCAAGUGAAUUCUCUUAGACAUUCAACAGAGGUUUAAGUAAAAGAAAAUGAUUCAACAGUUGUCAGGGAGAGUAUAAAAGAUGCGCUCACUGAAGGAAGGUACAGUGAAGAAGACUCCAAGAAUGAAUUAUCCUUCGAGCAACAGACGUAAUAAAGACAGUUGCGUUACCUUGACACCUGACUAAUCAAUCGAGACACUAUAAAGUGAAACGCGUCGACGCAAGGUCAUGUAAUUAAUGCCUCCACGUCUCUGCUCCGACAUUUUGUAUCUAGGAUAUUCUUAUCAGGAACUGUUAGGAACUUGAUGAUAGGCUAAACCGAAGCCACUUAGAAAGAAAAAGUAGGGUCGGUGGUCACGCUGAAUGUAGAAAAACUAUUUAUUGUUGCUAUAUUGCAGUGCGUCAAUUGCAUUCAGAACCAGACUUUCCAAAAACCGUGGCAGCAAAAUUGGAAUUAUUUUUCUUCUUUACAAAAGAUAAAGAACGGUUAGCCCGUCCUCUUAAAUAUUUGAAUAAUAUUACGAUUACUAUGUGUGCAUUUGUACAUCAGGCAUCACGGUAGUUUUCUCUACGCGCGGAUAAUGGUUAGGAUACAUAUAUACUCUUUCUUAUAUUUUUGCAAUGGUUGAAACUACGAAAUUUGGGGCUUUUCCUCAGAGUAGGACUUCAUCACUUGUUUGUUCUGUUGUUCAUUAAUGAAACACUAGAAACAACGGGAAAAGUAGUUUCCGUCAUGAAGGCCACUUAUACAAACUGUUCAUAAGGACAUGAAAAGUUUUUUUUAAUACAAAGAUAAAAAAGUGAAAAAACUGUAUAGCCUUUUCUGGCAGGGCAUUGUAACUUGCAUGGUAAAACGUCCUGAAAUAUUCAAGUAGCUUAAAAUAUCAAUUAUUAUUUUACUUACAAGAUAAAGGUAUAUUUAUUCCAAAAAGUAUACUCAAAUUGCUUAAGAAAAUAAGACAGUACUGCGAAAGUACGGACAUAGGUAGCUCAUGCUAUGACAAGAAAAUUAUAUCCUAAAUAUUUUUUUGAUUUGAGAAUAAAGCUUAAAGAACCAUAUGAGGAGUCACGUGACAUGAUAGAGUAAAGACAUAAUGCCAUAAGGGAAGUUACAGAAUUCCAUGACAGGGAGACGAAGAUGGCUUGAAUUUGUCCUCCGCACAACCGCUGGGAGAGCGGUAGUGGCUAUUGGCCUUGGGUAGUAGCACCUGCUGUUGGUUGGGCUUCUGACGGCACCGGAAGAGUUGAAUAUCUAUGAGAAGGAGGCUGGGAAUGAAUAAAGACUUAUGGGAAGACUAGGCACAGCAAACACACGAGAGUCGGAAUUCCACGUAGGCCCUUUGCUUCGGACCCCAAGGGGCCGGUGAUGAUGAUGAAGUUGAUGAUGAUGAUAUUGACGACGACGACGACGGUCCGCAAAAACAAAAUGUUUUGCGGUUAACUAUCAUUGCAAUCCAAGCUGAUGCUUGAUGCUGUAACAAGUGUGGCGUUAUGAGGGAAUUCACGCCGUAUUGUACAAUGUUGAAUGCACUGAAUGUACAAACUCACGGAAUAUUUUCCAGUUCGUGGAAAUCGUCAGAGAUCCGUUUCUCACCGAGCACGAGGAGUGACUUCAGAAUAUUGAUAGAAAGUAGACACUACACAUUUUCGUAAGGUUACCUUCAACGUCGCUUUUUCAGGAGAGACUAACUACCAAGAAAGGAAUGAGAUAUCCAUGAUGUUACUUUGACUAGGUUUGCACGUUUGUGCGAAGUUACUUUUAGCUUUACAUCCUGCUUAGAGAAAAAUUCAUGAAAUCUAAGUAGUUAUACACAUUUCUGUAAAGAAGCUUCAACUUUAUUUUUCGGGUCGUCGAGACUUGUCAGCUGAGGAAUACAUGAGAUGUCUGCCACUUGACUUGGAAUUUGCAUGAAAUGCACUAAGGUCCACUGUCCUCAUUUAAUUAGGGAUAUGCUGUUGAAUGUCCGAGUGGGUAUGUGUGUGCGUGUCUGUUUGAAUAUGUAUAUAUUGCAUAUAACUUAUCUAACUGCUAUUUCUAAUACAUACCCUCUCUGUUUUCUAAAGAUGCAGUUAUAUCAAAUCUUAGUAUCUUACGGUUAAGAAACGCUACCUUAAACCUAUCAAAAAAUAAAUGUAAGAAAUCAUGGAGUAUCUGUGAUACGGUAGAAAUAGAAUAGCUAGAAGGACGUUUGUGAUACGAUGUAAUGCCUUACAGGAAAUGAAGAUGUUCUGUCAUUUAGAAUAGGUCUAGCUGCGAUACCUACGUUGCUAGUUUUUUUUUCUUGUACCCAAAUACAUCCAGAAAAUUCAUUCACGCCUCUUUCUUUGCGUUGGAAAAUUUCCGUCUUUUUUUCCUGGUGGUUUCAUAAACUUUGUGGUUAAAUUCACAAUCUCCAGCAAUUACCAUGUCGACCUUUAGUAUAACCUUUAAAGAAAAGGAGUUGAGCGUUCGUCUCGUGAAAAAUAAAGUUGGAAAAUUAUAUUAUCAGGACCCAUUCACAGAUUCGGAGCUUCCAUUUUCUUCAUCAGUUGUAUUGACUUAUGAUGAAAUUCCUGGAUCCGAAAGCUGCGCCCAGUAACAAAGUAUGCAAGAUCUCGAUGCAGUUUAUCAAGCCUUUCGAACAUCUGUGACGUAAGCAUUAUGUUUUAUCUGGGGAAGUAGGUGUUUUGUAUUUUGAUAUUGAUAGGACCACUUUUAAUCAAUUUAACGAGAGUGGGCAAAACAAGUAUGGCAUUUAAUUGAAGUCAGAGCACUAGCACAUUCUUUGACCGUGUUAAUAUAGUUACUGUAUCUUUGGCUAUUAAAAAGGCCAACAUAUUGCAUGAAACUGAUGUUCAAACUGGGAAAUUUACCAUAAGUACUUCAAACAGAAAUAGAUAUAUCAACACUUAGGGAGUACGAUCAAGACAGCCAGAUCGUAGGAGAUUCCCUGUCUACUCUGGCGAUAAUGUAGGGAGCUCAUCAAAGAUGCGCCAUUCCCCGUCUUCUUCUUCAUCGGGAUCUACGAGACUUGCGACUUGAGAAAGACAUCUUCGGCCGAAACCUAACCUGAAAGUGAUAAUACAAAUCUGUUAUUCUUUCGCUGCCAUAACAGUACGUCAAAUUCUUGUUACCUCAGGUAUUCAGAUAAGAAUGUCCUGCAUGUUACUAUGACUAAGAAUAUUAAAUAAAACACAUUUUUUGCAAUCGGUUGUUUAAAGGAAACCUAAUGGAAACGUGUGGCUGAGUGCUGCCAUUCUGUGUUGUGUAUUUUUGAAAUAAAAUGG